AUGAUUAUAAAACUAGUGUAUAAUAAAGAAAUACAUCUAUUUAAAUUAGAGAAUCCAGUCAUUUUAGAAAUCAAGAAUCACAUUCAAAAAUUGCAUCCUUAAAUAAAUUAGAACUAUUCAUUAUUUUAUAGGGAUGAUGAAGGAGAUUUAAUCAGUAUAAGUUCAGAUGAGGAUUUAAAAGUCUUGAUGGAAAGUGUUAAGAAUUAGACUGUGAAGAUUACAAUUUAAACAUCAAAUACAUGGAUAUGUAAGACUUGUACACUUGAAAACUUAGAAGGAGUAGUAUGUAUUGCUUGUUCAUCAUACAAGGAGGGAGAACCUUAAUAACAUGGUUAAUAGUAUUAAGGAUUUUAAUAACCAUAUUAUCAACCCUAAUGUUAUUAGGCUCCUUAGUAAUUUGGACCUCCUCCUUAAUAACCACCUCCUUAAUUUCCCUUUGUUCCUCAUUAAAUGCCUCCAUGUCCACCUUUUGGACAUUUUGGAAUGGCUGGCUUUGGACAUCCUCCUCAUAUGUUUCCUGGAUUCCAUCAUUUUAAACACCAUCGUCAUCAUCAUUUGAAAUGGCACAAAUUUCGUUAGAUAAUGAAAGAUCCUUAAUUUAAAUAACAAAAAGAGAAAUUAUAAUAGUUAUUAAAGGAAGUUAGUUAGACAUUAAGAAAUACUAUGUAAAAUACAUAGUAAUAAUAAUUUUAUUAGUAUAUUUAUGAAUAUUUAUCUAUAGAUAUUAAUAGUAAUGGAAUUGGAAUGAGAUGGAUGAACAAAGAGCAACUAGAUUAGCUGAAGUGUUACAAUGUAAUUAGGAAUAGGCAAGAGAAUAUUUAUUAAUAUUCAGAGAUUUGACACUUGAUGAGAUUGUUAUGAUGGUUGAGAAUACAGAAUGA